GUUCAAAUAUUUUACUCCAGUACAAGAAUUAGAUGUUUUGUGGUGUAGGUACAAAAAAACAGUUCGACGGUUCGAUAAACAAAAGUCAACUCCGAAAAAAAAUGAAAGAGGCACCAGUCUGCAAAUAAGUUUCCUUAAUUUUAAAAUGUCAAAUAAUAGAAUCACACGAUUUCACCCUUACCAUGGGGAAAAUAUAGUAUUAUCAGAAGAUAAUACCGUAGCUUAUAGGAAGAAAAGUUUCGCAAAUGCUAUUACGUUCAGUGACAAACCUUUGGCACCCGGUGAAAUUUUCCUUAUUGAAAUAGAGCAGAAUGAAACAGGUUGGAGUGGUCAUAUGAGAUUAGGUUUAACCCAGUUGGACCCUUUAACAAUUUAUAGAACAGGAUCUAUCCCAAUGUACGCUUUACCUGACCUAGCAGAUAUAGGAACGUCUUGGAUAUAUGGUAUUAGUAAAGCCCAUAACAGUGUAUUCGAAUAUGAGGAAGAAAAUGGAAGGAAAUGUAUUCGUUCCGGAUCAAAGAAAAUCGAUAAUAACAGUAAUUUUAUUAAAACUUGUAGAGGUACAAUACCAUUGAGUCUCUUAAAGCCUUCUCGGUCUGGAGACAUCCUCCCUACUGACAUGGGGAGCAGGAUUGGUGUUAUGUAUGUACCAACCGACGAACUUGAAGCAGAUAUGCAUUAUAUCAUUAAUGGUGAGGAUCAAGGUGCUUGUGUAAAGAGAAUUCCUUUUACACAAUCGCCUUUACAUGUUGUAGUUGAUGUUUAUGGUACUACAAAAAAAGUUAGGAUUAUUCAAUUAUAUGUAGUUCCUUCGCUACAGUCUGCUUGCAGAGAUGCUAUCCUUCAACAUAUAACUAAAAAGGCAGUGCUAUCUUUGCCUUUACCAAAGUUACUGAAGGAGUACUUGUUAUACCAAACCUGAGAAGACUCGGUUUUUUUUGUUUGAAUAAGUUAUUAUUUCCUGGUCUGUAAGUUAACAAGAUUAAGUGAUCUAAUUAUCAGUUUUUUGCUGCCUGACAUGCACAGACCUUGUUGACAAAAAAAUAGAUCAAUAUUACUUCUCUAUUGCAGUUUGCAAGACUGAUUUUGAUAGUAUCCCAAUCUAAAUGUCAAAAAAUAUUUUUCCUUUGAAAAAUUGUGAUCUUUUUAUUUUUAAUAUAAUCUUUAAUUUGUUGUUGAU